AUGCCGCACCAGACGCUGAGGUAUGCCAUGAUCGGAGGCGGCCAGGGGUCGUGGAUCGGUGAAGCACACCGGAAGGCCUUGGCUUUGGAUGGAACUGCGAGGCUGGUCGCAGGCUGCUUCUCAUCCAGCCGCGAGCGAUCUCUGGCCUUUGGGUUGGAGUUGGGUUUGACGAAUGAAUCCCGCAUAUACGGCUCGGCUGCAGAACUGGCAGAGGCUGAAGCAGCUCUUGGAGACCUGAAGCCACACUUCGUGGUCAUCUGCACACCGAAUCGAUGCCACUUGGAGCAGAUAAGCCUGCUUGCAGCUAAGGGCUUUCCGGUAGUUUGUGAUAAGCCGCUCUGUGAGACCCUGGCGGAGGGGAAGCAGGCACUUGAGGCUCUGGGCUCGGGAUUGCUUGCAUUGACCCACUGCUAUGCAGGCUACGCCAUGAUCAAGGAGGCUAGGUCAUUGGUAACAAAAGGACGCCUCGGAACACUGCGCAAGGUGGUCGUUGAGUAUCCGCAGGGUUGGCUGGUGCCAGAAGAGGGCAAGCCAUCGAUGAGCGCUUCAAGCGGCGUCUCCAGCAUGGUUGAUGUGGGCACACAUGCAGAGCACCUUGCUCGGUAUGUUACAGGCCUGGAAGCUAAGGAGGUCUUUGCUGACGUUUCCAGCUUUGUAGCAGGUGCCCCCCGAACACCGGAUGACUUCAACGUUCUAGUACGCUAUGAGGGUGGUCAACGUGGAGUGCUGAUCGCCUCGCAGUCCUCGUCAGGCGAGCAGAACUGCCUACGCUUGCGGGUAUACGGCUCGGAGGGCAGCCUCGACUGGAUGCAGGAGGAGCCUAAUGUGCUGACCAUGCGCCUUCGUGACCAGCCGGUGCAGACACUGCACAGAGGGCAGCCGUACCUGUGUGAAGAGGCUCGUUCUUGUUCACGCUUGCCUCCUGGGCAUCCAGAAGGUUACCUGGAAGCCUUCGCUAACAUCUACCGCAGUUUUGCUGCAGCAGUGUUGGCACGUGAGCGUGGCACUGAUCUCAAAGUGGAUUUUCCCACGGCUGCUGAUGGCAUAGCCAGUUUGGCUUUCGUGGAGGCAGUUUCCAAGAGUGCUGAGACAGGAACUUGGGUUCAUGUGUAG